UUUAGAUGAAUACAUCUUUCUACUUUUUUGUAGUUUGUAAAUAAUGUGAAAAUUAUUACAAUAACAUUGAAAAUUAAAAAUCGAAGUUUGUGCAUUGGAAAAUGAGCGCUCCAAAAAACAACGGACCGAUAAUAGACCCAGCUAUCUGUAGGUGUUGUCGAACUAUAAAAAAAUGCAGAAUACUAACAUCAGAAUAUACAUGGAUGGACAAGAAAGAGGUUUACGCUGAUAUGGUGAUGGACUGCUUCGGUAUUCUAUUAUCACACGUGGAUGACAAUGAGAAGGACAGUGGAGUGUGCGCUACUUGCGUGGUGCGACUGCGGGAUGCAUGUGCCUUCCGCCAUCAAGUGCUGCAGUGCGAAGAGCUGUUCCUACAUGCCAAACUCGAGGAUAAGGAAGCUGAUGAAAUAAAGAAAAAUGUAGAAAUAGAGUUGAAAGCGGAGCCUAAAGAUGAUAUAAGUGAUCACAACUCAAUUGGAGCUGACCACGAUGAUGGAAUGUCUAUGGAUUACUCUGUUGAUGAUCAGCCACUUGAUAGCAUAAAACUUCCAAAAAAAGAAGAAAACGACAAACUGGACUCAGUACCAUUACAAGAUCUCAUCUCGAAAUCUGAUGUUGAGAAUGAGAGCUAUUCUUCGUCGGAUUCAGACAAACCGAUUAAGAGGAAAAAGAGCAAGAAAAAGAAGACGGCGAACGGGACGCAGAAAAAGAGGAAAUCGCUGAAAACAAAACAGAAAGCAGGUACAUCAAAGAAAGCAACAAAAGUGCCAAAAAAGGCACCCGUCGAGAAGAAAAAUAACUACGACCGAGACUUAGACUGUAUGUCCGAGGAGAAUCUACUAACAAUAAUACAGUAUUCAUAUGUAUGUCCAUUUAAGAACAGAAGAAAUAAUUACUAUUGUUUCUAUUGUAAAGACUAUUACCCAAAACCUGAAGAUCUGAGGGACCAUACAGUGACACACGACACGAAGCCUUUCCAGCUCCUCAUGGGGUACAAGAAGAUGCCAAAAAUCGAUAUAACUAGGAUAGACUGCAGACUAUGUCCAGCCAAAAUUGAUGAUCUGAAUGUCUUCAAGCAACACAUCGACCAAGUGCACGGCAAGAAGAUAUACUUUGAAGCUCCAGACAAGAUGCUUCUAUACAGACUUACGUGGAACGAUCUAGUGUGUGUAAUGUGUAGUGAUGUAUUCGAAGACUUUAACACUCUGAACACCCAUAUGGUGGAACAUUUCAGUAACUAUACAUGUGAUAUUUGUGGCGUUUGCUUCCUAGAGAAGCCGAGGCUGGAUGCUCAUCUCAAGAGACAUAAGGACGAUGAACGGCACACAUGUGAGAUAUGCGGUAAAGUCUUCAAAUCAAACCAUUAUAAGGAUAUGCAUGUCGAUGUAGUUCAUAAGAAGAAAGCUAUAAUAAGAUGUCCAAGAUGCGACGAGUGCUUCAUGUCUUACGCAUUGAAGAAUAAGCAUUUAACAGAAGCCCACGGUCAAAAGAGAACAUAUCCAUGCAACUUGUGUGAUAAAGUGUAUAACAGACAGAAAACAUUGACCGAACACCAACGUAGAAAUCACCAGAAAGUUCUGAAGCAUCAAUGCGAGUACUGCGACCAGAGGUUCUACCUACCUUCGAGGUUGAAGGAGCAUAUGGCCACGCACACCGGGGAGAGAAACUUCAGAUGCGAAUACUGUGAUAAAAGCUAUCCCAGACUCAAAUCCCUACAAUAUCAUAUAAGAACUCACACUAAUGACCGCAGAUUCAGGUGUCAUAUAUGUGGACAAGCGUUCAUACAAAAUGCAAGCUUAAAAUCUCACAUUAAAAGUCAUCAUCCCGAGUGUGAUAUAGAAGGAUGUUACUUUUAGUAAUUGUAAUGUAUUUAUUAAUUUAUUAUUAGACGUAAGUCACAUUGUGGGCUCAGCGUAAAAUGAUCUUUAUGUUCACAAUAUGAAGCAAUAAAUUAGAUAAGACGGAACAAUAUAUAAAUGACAGUCUUUGUAUGACAUAUUCAUUCACGCGCGAUUUAUCGUGGGAAAGUGCGUGCAAUUGUGGACGAUUGUUUUUAUCUGUAUUUUAUUCACGCGUUCGUGGGCGAUUGCUCCUUUCGUAUGUGCAUUUGAUUUUUAUAGUCUCCAGAUUUUAUUUUACAAAGACACGUCUAAGAUUUAUAUCUAAAUUAACAACAAAGUACUUAAGUCUGCUCUAUGGUCACAUAGCCGCCAUCUUGCGGUGAUAAUUAUCUAUUACAAAAACGCGCGAAAACACGCACGUUUGAAGGGAGAUUGCGGAGCGCUCUUUUUCGUCUUCUCUUCGCGCUUCUUAUCUUUCUCUGUGUCUAUCUUCUAUCUUUACAUGCACACUCUUUCCUGCGUGAAAGCCGUUGAAGUGAACAUAUUUUUUUAAAAUACCCAUGACUCAUGUUCAGUAUUAUUAUCAAAAGAAGAAUAUUUUCCAUUAUAAUUGUGUAGUAAUA